AUGACAAUGGUCAUCGGCUUGGAGGAUGAUGCACUCUUUGGCAUGCGCGCACUACUCGAAGACCCAGAAGUCGAGGGCGUGUGGAAUUCUCGCGAAGCCACUCCAAUGCAUCUCGAUGGCGGUGUCCGUACUCCUCCUGCCGCGCAAUCGACGACGAAACCCCCGAAACACUCUUCGAAUUCCUCCACAACGAUAUAUGACACUGCAGACAUUGGUUUGGUCUCUCCAACAGUUCUCACUCCGUUCAUCGGGCCCACUACGGUUGUCGAUGAGCUGGGCGAACCGUCAACUGCGAAGAGAGGGAAGACACUAGUUAUAAGCUACAAGGGGCCAUAUGCAGGAUCGAAAGCUGCCCAAAAUGUGUCAGAUGUCGGCCCUUUCACACCAGUAGAAAGAUCGACGCCUUCCCCUUCGAAAAUGCAGCUUCGUCCGGUCUCCAACCUCUCACCCUCUGGCUCACGCAAAUUUGUGAUAGGAAAUCGACCACGGAACUCACAGCGGCACCAAAGGGUGGAACUGCAGUCCGAUAUUAACCCACUUGAACGCAUGGAAGCUUAUCGACGGUUGCAUUCCGCAGAAAGUGGUCAAUUGCACCCGCGAGAUCGUCGAUACUCCGAGGUUGCUGAGACAGUACCCCUUUCCUCAUCUACAGCAGAAAGCGAGGACAGCGACGACUCAAUGUCUCGGGCUCUAUCGUGGCCCACCCGAGACGGCACGAUAAAUCUGGGCAAGCGGCUCUCUCGCAGAGUUCAAAGGAUGGAAGGUCCCUCUCCAGUUCCCUUCCGCGCUUUCGUCGAAUCCUUACCCACUACAAAACUACCACCUUCAGCAUGGACAGACAGGACUCAAGCUAGGAUAGAGGCCAAGGUGCCUUGUUCUAAAGCAAGUGACUCCACCCCCAAGACAUCUAGGCACACACCCAAGUCUUCCACAAUCUCCACCACCUCGACAAUGGCUCCCACGUCACCCCCUUCAGACUUGCUGUCAGUCGCCAAUACUCGAUCACGAAGAGUCAACGACGGAUUCGAGGUUCUGCCGGCCGGCACACUGGAGAAGGAAUCCAAGGUCAAAGAAUUUGGAACUUGGCACGAGAGUCUUGGGUCACAGAAAAGGCCUAGGAAGCUGCAGAAACGACCUAGAUCAGAUUCUGCUAGUCUGAGUUCCACCGAGAGUCACCGGCUCAGUAGCGACAGCUUUCGGCUACCGAUCUUCUGA